ACUGCACGUCCCCACCGCCGAGGGUGGACCCUCGGCGUGCCAAGGACCACUGCGCCCACCGACUCCGCUGAGAAUCGCCGCUAAGCCGCCACAAAAGGCCUUCCGAGCCGGGCACCGUUUGUGGAUACUUCGGGCCCUGGUCCGCGAAUCCGUCGGCCCGUUCUUUGGGCAACAUGCUGUCGUGGAUGAUCACCCGAAAGCGCGAGCUGGAGUGCCAGGACCAGGCGCUCCGGCGCGAGCAGGAGGCCAACGCCCUGGAGUACGAGAUGAAGCGGCGCGCCCUGCAGCGGGACCUGCAGGACCGGCGCCGCCUGGCCGCCACCCGGGGCACCGUCCUCUGCAUCGUGGGCUGCGGCCUGGCCCUGGCGGCGCUGGGUGUGGCGCUCACCUGCGUGGGGCUGCUGCUGCGGGGCGGCCCCUUCAAGGCCCCCUGCACCGUGGCGGGCCCCACCUGCGUCGUCAUGGGCUUCCUGGUGCUUCUGCUGUCCGUCGAGACCAUCAUCAAGUGCCGCCGGGCGCAGAGGUUCCAGCAGUCCGACUCCAAGGAGACGCUCCUGGAGAGGGCACUCCACAAGGCGCACAAGGCCACCAAGGACACGAACGUGGACGACGCCACGGCCGUCACGGCAGCCACGUCCAACUCCAUUGUGCUCAAUCCGCAGAGGCUCGCCGAGCCUCUCGAGAUGGAAGAGACGAAACUGGAUACCUAGUGACGGUGGUUUGGACGACGUCGCGUGUGGUGUUUUCGUUAAGCUCACGUGUUCGCUGUGUCGUUGUCAACGCGUUGUGCCUCAGGGACUUCUAGCUCCGCGAGUGUGUGUGCGUGUGUGUGCGUGUGUGGGUGCGUGGAGUCUACCAGCUGCAGAAAACGAAGCGUUUUCAUUCUUGUGAUGUGCCUUCGAUCUCCGUGUGCAUUUGGGCGUUCCGGAUUGGCUGCCUCUACACAUUGCGGGCCGCGCCUUGCGAGUCAAGUCCGUGUCGCCACCGUUUGUUGUCUUUGUCUCCGCCGUUCGAAGAGGGUUUUCAUGUUUCUACGACCUGACCUCGCCUCACAAAAUCGAUGACUAAAAGACUGCGGUGAAGAGGUCCGCGCUAAAAAAAAAACGUCUUGAAGGAAACCCUGUUUUGCUGUCUUGUGACACCGUCCAACGAAGCAUCUGCACUAAUGGACGCUUACACCCGCCAGUACAGGAUGUCCAAUUCUUGUGAGUGUAUAGGCCGAAAUCACGGGGCUUUUUGCUUGUGUACAGACACACUUUUGUUGUGUUGUUAAAAAGCACCACCAAAGUUUCUCGACAUCUGGAGGAGCUGGGCGUAGGGCUUCUGAGGACGCUACUGAGUGUGGGGAACCGCAAAUACCGUGUGGAAAUCGUCUCGUGAUUAUGUUCUUCUUCCCACCGCAGUUUUGAAAAGAACUGGCCAGAAUCCUCAGUUGGUUCUUACAAUUGACUCCGUAAGUGUGACGCCUUGGGUCCAAAAAAACCGUUGCUAGGGUCGUUGUUAUAUACAAAAACAUGUGGCUAGAUUUCGCUAUGAAAACCCGACCGUUCAAAA